AUGGCACUAGAAAUUGUCUUUAUGUAUCCUAAUAAAUGUGGAUUGCUACAGCGGAAUUGGGAUGUUAUCAAUGAUAAAGCCCUCAUAUCACUGCAAAAGCCUCACAUUGACAUGUCAACCAAAAAAAAUUUUAUGUUCUUAUUCGGUGUGAGUUUGAUUAUUGUAGCCUCUUUGAAUGCGUAUGUCGCAUCGAAAUUAUUGAGCGAUACUUCUUCCAUAAAAUUAACUUCAAAAUCUGAAUUUUGUUUAAAAAACGAUUUGAGUAAUGUUGCUUUAUUCAAAUUCAUCAAAAAUGAACACAGACGCUUCAAUGAGUUCUUACUCCUUUACUCAUUCAGUGAUAAAUUAUUCCUUACAUUAAAUUAG